AUGUUUUCACUCCCUUCACAACCUUCCACACCAACAAUGUCAGAAGCAGUCAAAGACCGAAAUGUAGAGGAAUUUGUUAAAUAUUUGAAGGAGCGAGAUUUAGGUCUUGAAGGUAAAGAAAAAUUACUGACUCCAUCUUCCUCAAUUCAACAAAGGCUGAUUUUCGAAGUAUUGGUCUUCCAUUUUGAGUUGAGUCUUAAAACGCGAAAAUUAAGAUCUUUGUCCUCAUAUAAUACUUUCAAAGAUUUCAAGGAUAUUUUAAAUCAAUUUAACAUUGAUGGCAUUAGUAUCAACGAAAUUAAACAAUUCACACCAGCACGAUAUGAUCUUGUAGAGUUAGAACGUUGUAUAGAUGAUGUAAAACGAAAAUUAGACACUUUGACUCUCUAUUUACAGAUGAUAAUGAAGCAAAAGUAG